AUGAAUCAGAACGCGCAUCCAUCUGAGAAUGUAGUCACGAGCGUUUUGAGAAAUACAGACACUAACGUUUUGAGAAAUACAGACACUAGCAUAGAAUCAGCUUUUCAGUUGCUGGCAAAUACGUUACAAGAAGGAUUCAACUUACCAAAGCCGGAGCUCCUGAGAUUCAGCGGUUCAACAUUGGAAUACUGCAAAUUUGUGAAUAACUUUGAAACAAACAUUGACUGUAAAGUUCGUGACGACAGGUUACGACUUAGUUACUUGAUACAAUACUGCGACGGAGAGGCAAAGAGUGCAAUAGAAGACUGUGUAUUACUGAGUCCAAGUGAAGGUUAUAAACGAGCAAGAGACAUUUUGUACUCACGGUACGGUAGGCCACAUAACAUUGCUAGAACUUAUGUAGAUAAAAUUGUUAAUGGUCAUUCCUUAAAGGCGCCUGACACUAAUGGUCUUUCAGAUUUAGCACUUGAGAUGAGAAAAUGUGAAAUUACUUUGUCUCAGUUAGGAUUUAAGUCAGACGUAGAUAACACAGACAACUUACGUCGCAUUGUUAGACGUUUGCCUAUGCACGUCCGCGGUAAAUGGGUAGAUAUUGCACACUCAAUUACUGAGUCUGGUAGGGAACCGGGCUUUUUAGAUCUAGUGGAAUUUGUAGAAGAAAAGGCUCGAAUCGCCACUUCCCUAUAUGGCCUUGACCUUGCAAAUGAGAAGAGUCAUGGUAACAUUGUUGAAGAUCGAACCUUUAAGUCAAAGCCAAGUCCUGCACCUCGUAGAAGUAAUGCUGUCAGUUUUGCUACGAAUAGUGCAGUAAACAAUCCUAUGUAUAAGCCGUCACGUAUGCUAUUGUUGUUCAGGUAG